AUGAAGGAGAUAUUGCCAGGACCGAGCAGUCGGGUACUUAUCACUGACAAUGCUUAUCAUGUCAGUGAUAAUGUAUGGGGGGGCAUAGACAGGGGGCCUAUAGAGUGUUUUGGUGCCAGCCGUCUACUUCACGUUUGGGUUUUGUCUAAUGCACAGAAGGAGCUGCUGCACGACGUGGGAUUUGGAUUGUUUGCUGACCAGGAUGUGGGGGUACAGAAUGACACGGCAUUAGUUUCUGCACUUGUGGAGCGGUGGAGGCCUGAGACCAACACAUUCUUCAUGAGGCGGGGUGAGAUGACUAUUACUCUCGAGGAUGUUGGUUAUAUUCUUGGUCUGCCUAUUAUUGGGCAACCCUUGGCAGGGCCAGCCAUACAGAACCCGGCGUCGUGGUUUAAGAAAUACUGGUUCGAGCCACUGAGUGAUGAAGAUUUUGAGGCUGCUUGGAGUAAGUCGGGCAUCAAGUUUACUUGGCUUUAUGAGAGAUAUGGACGGGCGGGUGUGGAGGGUGACCCUGAGCGGAUUGCAGUUCACACUCAGGCUUACCUUAUGCUGGUUCUGGGUGCUGUACUCUUCCCUACGAGGAGCCGGAGUUUUGUGCACCCGAGGUUCAUUGGCCUCCUUCGUGAUGUUUCACAGAUUCAUACAUACUCCUGGGGGUCCGGUGUGUUGGCAUAUUUGUACAGGGCUUUGGGGAUGGCUGUGAGGAAGGAUAGCACACACAUAGCUGGAUGUAUGUUGCUACUUCAGAUAUGGAGUUAUGAGCGGUUUGAUAUUGGGUUGCCUACUCCAUUUCCUGGUGCUAUUAGAUAUCCGGCUGCCCUAUACUGGGCAUAUCCGAAGACGAAGUCUGUUCUAGUUGAGGAAGCUGGGAAGGAGGAAGAGGUGGUAGUGAGGCCAGUGCUUGGGAAGCGGCGCCGGGGUUCGAAGGGUCCACACCACAACUUGCCACACUAUAGGGCUGAGUUUGAUGGCGUCGGGUCAGAUAGAGUGCAGUGGACUCCUUAUUAUGAGGAGGAGGAGGAGGUUGACGAGGAGUUGGGUGAGCCCGUUGUGAUUCGUCAUAUGGAUUGGGAUAAGAUUGAGGCACAGUUGGCUGGACAGUCUAGGCUUCCACUUAUAUGCUUCGACAUCUGCGAGUACCAGCAUUCUGAUAGGGUUUUGAGGCAGUUUGGGUUGAGGCCAUGCAUUCCGAGGGCCCCUGUAGACAUGACCCCAUAUAGGGUGCCGAAGCAGAGGUUCCGGGCAGAGAAUUGGAUGGCUGUGUGGUUCGCAGAGAUUGCCCAGUGGAGGCGCUUUUGUGACAGGCCUGACAUUGCCCUUUGUGAUGAUACACUCUACACUACCGAGGAUGCUUACAUGGAAUGGUAUCUGGAGGUGUCGAGGAGGCGCAUUGGGAAGCCAAAGCCCGUGCCUCAACCAGAUUAUGCGAGUCGUGAGUUGUUCGACAACUACGAGGCCUUCCAGCUUAUUGAGGCUAGUAUGGACCUAGUCCGACAGUUGGAUGCGCGUCUGCCUGAGAGUUUUGUCCCCGACUUUCGGCAACUUGCACCCAAGUUUGUCGAUCGAUACAAUCGGUUCAUGAGGACUGUUAAGGGGCCGGGAUUCACCCCUCCAGUCUUUGAGCAUCUAGAUCGGGCAGACAUGUCUGGCACAGGUUUGGCAGGUGUCGCUGAGCAGGACAUCAUUCCCAUGACUCAGCCUUCGCAGCAUAUCCCUGAUCAGCCAGCAUCUUCGUCCCGUCCCGACAAGAUGGCACUUGUUAGUCUGAGAAAGGGGAAAUGGAAGAUGAACAAGCCCCUUUCUUCUGCAAAGCAAGAUACAAUAACUACUGAUUGGGGUUGGAGAGAUGGUGUGGUGAAGCUAGACGGGGGGGUUGAGUUUUGGUAUGAUUUUGGUUUAUGGUUUAUGGUUGUUGAGUUUUGGUAUGAUUUCUGUCGAGCAAAAAAAAACAGGGGGAAACCACAGAAAACAGGGGAAGGCUGGGCAAAAGGUUCCCUGUGUUUCCAGCGCUUUUUAAGCGCUGGACACAAAAAUCUGUUUUUGCCGUCCAGCGCUUAA